CAGAGCAGGGUGUGUUCCGCGGGGAGGCUGUGUGGGCUGGGCCGGGGGGGUGGCAGGGUGUUUUUCCUCCAGAAGCAUCCUCUCUACAUCUUGUGACAUCGCCUUUCCUUUUUUUUUCUGGAAAGAUGCUCGGGGCGGAGGAGACGCUGCGUUCACGGGGGAUGAUGCGAGCGGCGCACAUGAGGUGUGUCUGACCGCUUUUUCUUCUUUCUCCUUCCACCGGAUGAAACAGAAGCUGCCGCACCUGUACGGGGAAGAAGGGGGAGGAAAAAAAAAAAACUGCGGAACCCGCCCGAGAAAAAUGGCUUUUAAUUUUUAUAACGUGCUGCUUCUGAUCUCGCAAGAGGAUGUCUAAAAUCAAACACUGCGAGGCUGUGAGGGUGGUGGUCCGCUGCCGGCCCUUCAGCAGGAGAGAGGAGACGGGGGAGUGUGAGAACAUUCUGCAGAUUGAUGACAAACUGGGGCAGAUCACCAUCAGGAACCCCAAGGCACCACCUGAUGAUCCAAUGAAAGUGUUCACGUUUGAUUCUGUGUACGGCUGGGAUUCAAGGCAGAGCGACAUUUAUGACGACGCAGUCAGACCACUGGUGGAGUCGGUGCUCCAGGGCUUCAACGGGACCAUAUUCGCCUACGGCCAGACCGGGACAGGUAAAACGCACACCAUGCAAGGGGUCUCAAACGACCCGGACAUGAGAGGGGUCAUACCGAACUCGUUCCAGCACAUAUUCACACAGAUAUCCAGAACUCAGAACCAGAAGUACCUGGUGAGGUCGUCGUACCUUGAGAUCUACCAGGAGGAGAUCAGAGAUCUGCUGUGCAAAGACAACAACAAGAAACUGGAGCUCAAGGAGAACCCCGACUGUGGUAUUUACGUGAAGGACCUGUCGUCAGUGGUCACAAAGAACGCCACCGAGAUCGAACACGUGAUGAACAUCGGCAACCAGUCCCGGUCUGUGGGGUUCACCAACAUGAACGAACGCAGCUCUCGCUCUCACGCCAUCUUUGUCAUCACAGUCGAGUGCAGCGAAGUGGGGCCAGAUGGCGAGGACCACAUCCGGGUUGGGAAGCUCAACAUGGUCGACCUGGCUGGCAGCGAGCGCCAGAGCAAGACAGGUGCGAAAGGAAAGCGGCUGAAGGAGGCAGCAAAGAUCAACCUAUCCCUCUCGGCGCUGGGGAAUGUCAUCUCAGCUCUGGUGGACGGGAAAAGCACCCACAUCCCGUACAGGGACUCCAAACUCACCCGCCUGCUCCAGGACUCUCUGGGUGGCAACGCCAAGACAGUCAUGAUAGCAACGGUGGGGCCGUCGCACAAGCACUUUGACGAAUCCCUGGCCACGCUGAGGUACGCCAGCAGGGCCAAGAACAUCAAGAACAAGCCUCGGAUUAACGAGGACCCCAAAGAUGCCCUGCUGAGGGAGUUCCAGGAGGAGAUCGCACGCUUGAAGGCGCAGCUAGACGAGCGAGGGAUGCUCGCAAAGGAGAGGAGGAGGAGAAGGAACAGCAAAAGACUGAGCAAAAGCAUGGUCGGGAUGGAGGAAGAGGCGCUCAGAGAGAGGGAUGCGGAUGUGUGGAAGGCUCUCGAGGAGGAGCAGGAGAUGAAACAACACAUGAAAGAGGGAAGUGACAUCCCCAAGGUCCUGACCUGCCAGGGAAGCCAUGGGAAGUUAAAGCACGUGAACGAAAACAGAAAAAGCCUGAUCGAGGACAUGCAGUGGGAUCAGGACGCUCUGGAGAAGAUCAUCGAGAAGUACAAGGCCAUGGAGAGCAAACUGUUAGUUGGAGGAAAGACGAUAAUUGAUCACACCAAUGAGCAGCAGAAGAUGCUGGAGCUGAAGAGGCAAGAAAUUGCAGAGCAGAUAAGGCGAGAGAGGGAGAUCCAGCAGCAGAUGAUGCUGCAGGACGAGGAGACCCUGGAAAUGAGGGAGACGUUUUCCUCCCUGCAGCACGAGGUAGAACUAAAGACAAAGAAGCUGAAGAGGCUGUAUGCCAAACUCCAGCUGGUGAAGGCCGAGAUGAGGGAUGUGAUUGCCGAACACAUCACAACCAGACAGGAGCUGGAACAGACACAGACUGAACUCACCAGAGAGCUCAAGUACAAAUAUCUCUUGAUCGAGAACUUUAUACCUCCUGAGGAAAAGAACAAGAUCAUGAACCGGCUGCACUUUGACAGUGAGGAGGAUCAGUGGAGACUCCAGCCGGUCCUUCCAGAGAGUGCACCGACUCAGGUCAAGAGGAGGCCUCUCUCUGCUGUAGGAUACAAGAGGCCAAUCAGCCAAUAUGCACAGAUGGCUGCGGCCACAGCAGCUGGGGCCCCAUGUCGAUACCAGGCUGAGAAUGUAAUGCUGUUGGAGUUAGACAUGUCUCCACCAACCAUGUUCACCUUGAACCUUAAUGGCUCUCACAUGGAGAGAGCCUUUUCUCCCAGACUGAUGAGGGACCUUCUCAUAAAUGUUCCCAUUAGAGAGCGGGCCGGUGCAUCGUCACGAGUCAGGAAGUCCAAAUCCUGGUAUCAAGCGCCACAAGCGGCAUCCGUCACAUCAUCCUCAUCAUCCACCACCCUGGCAUCAGAAUCUCAGAGUUUCUCUCCCUCUCACAGACAAAGACCAUCCUCCGCCUCCUAUCUUCCGCCGGGCGAUCCAGUCGAGACAAGCCCCUGAUUGAUGUUUAUCAACACAACUAAACACAGGGCUAGCCUUAGUUCAAGGUGGCACAAAGGAAAACAUGGGGUGGUGGGGAGGAAAUCUUAUGCCUUGAUUUAAAAUUUACUUUGCACCUUUUUGUUCUGGGAUAGAAUCACUUUAGUACGCAUGUAUUCAGCUUACACGGAAAGACAAAUGUAAAUUUUGUUUGCCUACUGUUGCCUGAAAAACCUUGUAGUUUCUCGUGGCUUACGUCAGUCUCAAUGAAUAAUAGCACAGCCAAAAACAUAAUCUUCUCAAAACCAGGUUUGAUACAUACAGUGAAUUGUUUGGAGUUUAAUUUCUUUUCUUUUUUUUUUGAAACAUCAACACUUUAAUCACAUAUUUUCUGGAAAGCCUGUAUAUAUGUAUCUGAGGUUUUUUUUUUUGCCAAAACAGUGGUGGGGUGACGGGCAGGGGGAAAUAAGAGGGGCCGCGACUACUGGGGGGUCCAGGCUGUAUGCUUGAUGAAUCCUUGCUUCAAUUUAUAGCUGAUGUAAUUGUGAGCCAAAAAAAAAAAAAAAAGAGAGAGAGAGAGAGAAAAGAAGAAUGUGAAGAAAGCUUGCAGUGGUCCGACUCUUGAUUAGCUGCCUUAUUUUUUCAUAGUCGUGAAAUCGUGCAAAAAGUCCCAUUUGCUUACACAUGAAAAUAAAACAGACUGAAAUGAU